AGAACGACUCCUGAGAUAUAAAAACAUCCUAGAUAAUUUUCUUAAAUUCGAGCACGUUAACUGUGACGAACUUUAACUGUGUUCAUCAAAAAUACUUUUUGUUUACAUUUGGAUACGGUAUGUUGUGCGGUAUUGUAAUAUAGGUUUUAAUGGCUUUCAGACAGUUUAUUCAGAAAUUUAUCUCUCCUAUAUGGUUCUAUCCAUCACUAAGCAAAGAUAUUGCAAAAAGAGGUAAUCUGAGUAGUUUUGUAUGGGAUAAAGCAGUACCAAUUAAAAAAAAUGAAGCAAGUCCUGUGAAGAAACUUGACUCAUUGGUAGUUGACAAACAUGUUGCGCAUCAUCAAAAUAAUAAGUUUAUUGACUUAUUCACAAACAAUCCUCACAAAAGCUUUUAUAUGCCAACAAUCACAAUAAACACUUUAAAAGUCUACGAGGACUUGCUCCGAGUUCCAAAGUCGAUCGUAGAUAACAGGGUGAUAAUUACUAAAAUUGAUCCUUUAAUACCAGAGAGGCCUCAGAAAAAGGAAGCAAUCCGUAUGAUUCGCAUCCGCAGGCGAAAAAUGCGAAAGCACAAGCUUAAAAAGCUGCGAAAGAAAAUGAAAUUUGUUUUCGCGAAAAUCAAACUUAGGAGACAAUUAAGAAAAGAAACAGAGUUUCGCACCGAGUUGCUGACUCAAAUAGAAGCUGCUGAUAAAUUUGAUGCAAAGGAAUAUGUUGCGAAUAUAAUGCAUACAAUUAGGUAUCAUCCUAAACCAGAAACUGAGGAAGAAAGGAAAGAAAAGUAUAGAUUAAAAAUAAAGGCUCAUAGAUACAAUACAACAUUUGUGAGGCCUAAUUUUGAUAAUGAUUGACUGUUAUGUUGAUUUAUUUAAUGUAGUGAUAUGUUAACCCAAUAAAAUUUUAGUUGUUUGUCAAA